GACCUACAUCAUCAACAUCUAAACUAUAUUCCAUGGUACGACAUGCGUGUCAACUUGCCAGGGAUCAGAGGACAUAUGAUGAUCUCAAGUUGUUUGAAUUGUUCUCGGGAACUCCAAGAAAAUUGCUCAAAUCCACAUUCUGAUAUCGACGCGGAAACAAUGCCUGUCGAAGGGCCAGACGGACAUACAUACAAGAACAGGUUUUGUGCUUUAGGAAACGGGAUUAAGCCUGAAAACAUAAAACGUUGGGGCUACGAACUGAUUUGUAACGAGGUAGAAGCCUACAACGAAACUGAGAAGAUUCGGGCAACCGUAGACAGGUGUCUGGUGAAUGAAAGUCAAAAUUGUCAUGCCCAGGACAAGGCAUUUCUUCACAAUAAUUGCAGCUGGUACUAUGCACCAUAUUUGAAUAUCACAAAAUAUCAUACAGUAUGUUCACCAGUAAAAACCUGCCUGCCAACACCCUCAAUCAACAUGACCGCUUUAAAAUACGCCGAACUCAAGCUAAAAUGUCACGCAUAUAUGCGGGUCGUUUACCAUAAUGGGAGUUUUUAUAAGAACUUUCACUGCGCAAUGUGUUACGGGAUUGGACCUACGGAAUUACAAAAUCCGCCAGUUAUUACCUAUCCCUCUACCAUUUCAAUAUUUUUCGAAAUCCCCCAAAACAAACCAAACCGUUAUAAAGAAGUUAAUAUAAAGUAUGCCACCAAUCGUACCGCUGGGACCGUGAAUCACAGCUCAAAUUCCUUUGAGACAACGGAGUUUGAGUUGGAAAUGUACUUUAAUCUGAUUGGCGUAUCCAUUUCUAUGGUGACACUGUUGUUCUUGCUAGCUCUAUAUUCAUUGGUGCCGGAACUUCGUACAACACCGGGGAAAAUAAUCAUAGGAUUAUCCACCUCGAUACUAAUGUAUCAGAUCGUGUUGCUGGUGAGCCCGCAGUUUACAGAGAAUGCGGUUGCAUGCAGCAUUACCGCUAUAAUUCUUCACUUCGCCAUUUUAUCGUCUUUUGCUUGGAUGAGCAUCAUGAGUUUUGACGUUUGGAAAACUUUUGGUAGAAACAGUAAGUGAAACUAUAGAAAUCCAUACACCUAAUUUAGCGUAAUUUCAUAAAUUAUAUCAUACAUCCAAUACGUAUACAGAUUAUCCAAUAUAGUUGUUUAUUAUACAUUGUAGUUGGUAAAAGCAAUUUGAUUGGUUAAGAGCUUGCAGUUAAAUCGCGCAAUCACGCAACCUACAGAAAAUUCAGUUAUCUGCUAGCAGAUAACUCAGUUAUCAGCAAAUGAGCCUGCGAUGAUUAGCAAGCGGUAUCUAUUUACAGUCAAAAUACAAGAAACCUUCCCACUUCCGCAACUUGUUUUGUAUUUCUGUAAUUUGUUCUAUUUUCUGUAGCGAUUUUUAUCGGCAAAUAUCGCGGUAGAAUUCCCCUUUCUUUCCUUUAUAUACGUCAAUUUGUAGCAGAGGGUACACCUUCCGUUAGAUUCUUUGCAUAAAAGGUGCGAAAUUUUGAUUUUAGUACGUCAAAUGAUUGUAGUCGGUAAGUUUAAAUUUGUAUAGUAUGAACACACUAGGCAGCGGUUUAAAACCCGAUUUGUCAGCAAAUAUCGAUUUAAGAUCUAAGUUUCGCAACUUUUAUGCAAAGAAUGUAACGAAAGGUGUAUCCAUUGCUACAAAUUGACGUAUAUAAAGGAAGGAAAGCGAAAUUCUACCGGAUCCUAACGCGAUAUGUGCCGAUAAAGCGGUAAUCGCUACAGACAAUAGAACAAAUGACAUAAAUACAAAACAAGUUAAAGAAGCGGAAGUGGGAAGGUUCUUGUAUUUUGACUGUAACACAAACAAAUGUAUAAUAAAAUAAUUAUUGAAUUCGGUUUUUGUGAUAUGCAAAAUUAUCAAGGUCUCGGUAAGCGUUAUCAGAGGGCCCCCUAUACCUCUUCACAAUAUGCUUUCACGUAAAAUAUUUUGCCUUUUCACGAGUCACGGAUUAAGAAAAUCAUCGAUCACGUUUCACGGCUAAGUAAAAUAAGCCCUUCACGCUUCACGCAAAACGUAUAGGGGGCCCGAUCUCGUUUCACGGCUAAGUAAAAUAAGCCCUUCACGCUUCACGCAAAAAGUAUAGGGGGCCCUCUUAUCAGCCUCGCCUUCGGCUCGGCUGAUAACGCUUACCUCGACCUUGAUAAUUCCGCAUAUCACAAAAACCUCAUCCAAUAAUUGUUAAAUAUAUUAUCAUUUAUAAUUGUAUCAGUUGUCGUAUAAUCAUAUUAAAAGUAAAAACAAAAAUACAACCAUAAAAAUUGUCACAUAAUCACAUAAAUUAUCAUGAUCAAUUUCUAGACCCGCAGCGAAUGACAAAAACCAGCUCCUCAUUUCUACAUUAUUGCUUUUACGUGUUCAUCAACCCGUUCAUAAUUGUCUUGACAGCGAUUGCGCUUGACAGAAGUGGAGUUAUGUUGGUAUAUUGGAGGGAUG